AGAGGAGGCGCGGAGUCUCGCGAGAUUUCGGCUCCGCGAGGGCGCGGAGGCGGCCCUCCUCUUACAUCUCAGCCUCCUCCACCUCGUCCUUCUCCUCGUCGGCGUGUGCUCGCGGCCUCGGCUCCUGCGUCGCUCGGUGCGGGAAGACGAGGAGCAGCGCGGGCGAGAGAGAGAGAGGGAGAGCGGAGAGAGACACAAAGGCGGACGUGGAGGCCUCGCCUCUACACAUCUCCCACUGCCCGCGGUACAAAAAAGCCUGAGGCCUGCUUGUGCCGGGCCCUCUGGCUUAGAGGGAGUUUAUUUUUUUUUAAAUAUCCCCGUCGCGAGGGAAGUUGACUCUCGCCUCGUCUCCCUGCGUGCCUUCUUUUAAAUUGCUCGCUAAUCUGUUCGGCGGGCUCACGCCACGGGCGUUGGUGUUGAGAUUUGCGCGUGAUCGGCGGCACGGCGCGUUGACGGGGGGGCGGUCGCCGCGCGGCCCGGCGCCUACCAACCAUGACGGAGGUCGGCAUCGUGAAGGAGGGAUGGCUGCAGAAGAGAGGAGAGUACAUCAAGACAUGGCGCGCACGUUACUUCCUUCUCAAGGCAGACGGCUCCUUCAUCGGCUACAAGGAGAAGCCUCAGGUGGCGGAGCAGCAAGACCCCUUGAACAACUUCUCCGUGGCUAAGUGCCAGCUGAUGAAGACGGAGCGGCCGCGGCCUAACACCUUCAUCAUCCGCUGCCUGCAGUGGACGACCGUCAUCGAGCGCACGUUCCACGUCGACACGCCCGAUGAGCGGGAGGAGUGGAUGCGGGCGAUACAGACGGUGGCUGACCGGCUGGCGCAGCAGGAGGAGGAGAGGAUGGACGUGACGGCAAGCCAACCCAGCGAAGGCCCGUGCACCGAGGGCAUGGAGACGUGCAGCACACGGCCCAAGCCACGCGUGACGAUGAACGACUUCGACUACCUGAAGCUGCUGGGUAAGGGCACGUUCGGCAAGGUGAUACUGGUGCGGGAGAAGGCGACGGGGAAGUACUACGCCAUGAAGAUCCUCAAGAAGGAAGUCAUAGUGGCCAAGGACGAGGUGGCGCACACUCUCACGGAGAACCGCGUGCUUCAAAGCUGCCGACACCCAUUUCUCACGUCGCUCAAGUAUUCCUUCCAGACGCACGACCGCCUGUGCUUUGUCAUGGAGUACGUCAACGGCGGGGAGCUGUUCUUCCACCUGUCACGCGAGCGCGUCUUCUCGGAAGAGCGCACGCGGUUCUACGGCGCCGAGAUUGUAUCGGCGCUUGAUUACCUCCACACCGAGAAGAACGUCGUCUAUCGGGACCUCAAGCUUGAGAAUCUGAUGCUGGACAAGGACGGACACAUUAAGAUCACCGACUUUGGGCUGUGCAAAGAGGGCAUCACGGACGGCGCCACCAUGAAGACAUUCUGUGGCACCCCCGAGUACCUGGCGCCGGAGGUGCUGGAGGACAAUGACUACGGGCGAGCGGUGGACUGGUGGGGCCUGGGCGUGGUCAUGUACGAGAUGAUGUGCGGCCGCCUGCCCUUCUACAACCAGGACCACGAGAAGCUGUUUGAGCUCAUCCUCAUGGAGGACAUCCGCUUCCCGCGGACGCUCUCCAACGACGCCAAGGCCCUGCUCUCCGGCCUGCUGCUCAAGGACCCCAAAAAGAGGCUCGGAGGAGGACCUGAUGACGCCAAGGAGAUCAUGAGGCACAGCUUCUUUGCCGGCACCAACUGGCAGGAUGUUUACGAGCGCAAGCUGCCACCCCCCUUCAAGCCGCACGUGACGUCGGAAACGGACACGCGGUAUUUCGACGAGGAGUUCACGGCACAGACCAUCACUAUCACGCCGCCAGACCGAUACGACAGCAUGGAGUCCCUCGACAACGAGCGGCGACCCCACUUCCCCCAGUUCUCCUACUCGGCCAGCGGCAACCAGUAGAGCCGGCGCCCGGCAGCACCGCGCACACCGGGAUCUUGCCGGCUCCUCGCCUCCGGCCACACUUCCCCACUCCCCCCCCCGCCCCCACUCGGCCAUCGCACCGACCCACCCUCCCCUCUACGCCCCCGUCGACAUCGCGGAAUGCCGUAAAUACCCACGCCGUGCCGGACGGGGAGCAGCUGGUGGGGGCAGGGGGGGGAGGGGGCGACCUGGGGACGACGACAGUCGAGGGUGAGGUGGGCGCGGUGGGUAUGGGGGCUAUCGUGGCACCAUUUGCCGCGGAGGUUCGUCCCAGGCGCCCGUUGGGGGACACGGUUGUCCGCACGAGGCUGUGUUCGAUUUUCGUUUUUUUAUUUUUUGUUUUUUUACUUUCACACGGCACUUUUUUUUUUUAACUGGCCGGUGGGCACUGGGAAAUUGAGCCUCCCCCCUCCCCCCCCCCCCCCCGAGGGUUGUGGAAAUGUCGGCGGCGGUGGUGGCACGAGUGCACGCGUGGACAAAUAUCAGAGCCGACGGUGGUUUUGUGCCGUGUGGGUAGGCAGCGUGCGCGACACGAGUUCUUCCAAAAACGACGACAAC